AUUUUGUAAAUCUGUGACUUUCGUGAACAGUUCAACAGCUUACCGAUGAUAAUUUAUCCGUCUCCCUCGUAAAUUUUGCGUAUAGGCUGAGUGACAACAAAAAGUGAAUUCCGAGUGAACCUUUGUUGUUCUAAAUGUUUAUUAUAAAAAAUAAGUGUUGUGGAUAGAGGCUAUCGUUGCGAUAACACUGUGAAGGAAAAAUAUGAAGAGACGAAAUGCCGAUACUGGCAAAAUGCGGCGCCCUGUAAAACGCAAUAAAAUUGUAGAAGGAAUGUAUGGAAAUUCGAUGGUGUAUGUGAAGUUUGUAAUGGUAUGGGCGACGGUUGUGAUAGCAGACUACAUGCUAGAGUUUAGACUUGAGUUCCUUUGGCCAUUCUGGUUGAUGUUGAGAACUGCAUAUGAAUCCUUCAAGUACCAUGGGCUUGUGUUCUCAGCUUCCUUCAUAUGCAUAGCCCUUACGUCUGAUAUGAUAUGUUUCUUCUUCAUACCACUCCAGUACCUUAUAUUUGCUGCCAGUACAUAUAUUUGGGUACAAUUUAUUUGGUACUCAUUUGCCGAUAAGGGUGUUUGCGUGUCGACUGUGGCACUGUGCUGUUUGGUGGUGUACGUGGAGGGCGCAGUCCGAGCUCGGGCCGUGCUGGAGCUGUGGCGACCGCUAGCCGCUCACUGCCUCGGCUACCCGGCUAUCUCACUCGGCUUUGGGUUCAAGGCUUACGUUGGUCGUCGUUUGCGUCAACGUCGACAGCGUCAAGUGAGAGCUGAGAACGAAUUCUACUUCCAGCUCCUGAGAGACGCACUGCCGGAAAAUGCUUUGGAACAGAAGUCCGAGGAAAACAAGGUCAUAAGCAACGGCGAGUGUAACCAGACGAAUCAAACGACGCAGACGCAGAGCCAGAGCCAGACCAACACGAACAUGAUCGGCUCGGUGAAGCGGCGCUGUGCGAGGGACCACAACGGCGUGUGCGUCGCGGACCACGCGCUCACUGUCAAGUUGGAUAAGCUGGAGAAGCACACGCAGCGCGACAAGACGCACGCGAGCGCUGCGGCCGGCGCUGCGCACGCGCACACGAACGGCUCGGCGGGCGGCGCCGGGGCUGCGAGCGACGAACACGAGCCGUGGAGAAGUAGCAAAACAAUCAAGUGUGAAAAGAAAGAGGCUGCUAGUGUUACAAAGAAGAAUAAAAAUAAAGAUAAGGAUAAGGAUAAGGAUAACAGUGAUAGUCAUAAGAGCACAGAGAUAACAAAAGAGAUAUUAUUUAAAGAGAAAGAAGUCGAAAGUACAAAAGAAAGUAUAAAAAGUAAUAAGGAAAUAAAUGGUCAUAAAGAAAGGGAAAGGGAGAGAGAAAAGGAAAGAGAAAGGGAACGCGAAAGAGAAAGAGAACGGGAAAAAGAGAAAGAAAGAGAAAGGAGAGAAGAGAGAGAGAAGGAGUUAAGAGAUAGGGAACGGGAACAGAGAGAUCAGGAACAGCGCGCCCGUUCGUUGAGUACCGAGCUGCGUCGUGUCCGAGCCGAGUUGACGGCGGCCCGCGCGGGCGAGGCGGAGGCUCGCAGGGCUCUGGCACACGCACAGGAUAACAAAGAGGCCAGAUGGCGCAGCUCCGAGCGUCUAGCCUUGGAGCGUCGUCUGAGCGAGGAGAGACGCGCGCGGACCGCAGCCGAGAUCCAGUUGAAAGCGCAGCAGGCGUCCAGGACUCCCAGCGGCGAGUGUGACAGUGAGUGGUGUAGGACGCGGCGAUCGGCGGCGGAAGCCGAGAGCCUCGCGCUCAGGAGGGAGCUGCAGCGAGCCAUAGAGAGGAGCUCGCAGCUACAGAGAGAGCUCGCGGGGGCUACGGACCAGGUCCGUACUUUGGAGGCGUGGGAGGCCCGGGAGGCCGUGGAGAGGUCCCGAGCUGAAGACGCCCUGUCCGCAGUCAACGCCCUGCAGGAGCGAGCCACACACCUCGAGAGGAGCCUAUCCGCCGAGACACGGGUCAAACUAGAUCUCCUAUCAGCGUUAGGCGACGCCAAGAGACACAUGCGGAUACAAGAAGGUCUGAUAAUAAGACAAGAGAAAGAAAUAGAAGAACUUAAAGCUCAAAUGUUAGCGGUGAUGCCGACAGAAUUCAUGACUCCACUGACGAAUAGCGUGUCCAAGCUGCGGCUCCCGGACGGGACACCGUUGGACCCGAACGCUACAGUGUAUACCCCCAAACAACUUUGUUCGGAUGCUUAAACAAUCUACGUUGUCGAUAGACGCUCAAGAAGUCCUGUACAAGAAACACUAAGGUCAACGGCCUUGAAUUAAAUCAAAUAAUUUCUGUGUAAAUGGAUGGAGGUUGUAGUUUUCUAUCAACCGACUCGUAUCAAUCCCAUCCCUUCGCAUCUCUCUCCAUUAACACGUUCACACUUAAACAAUAUCCGGUUUUUGUAUUAACGUUUCACUGAUCUCAAUGUAUUUUCUUCCACGAAUUGAAUUUUAAUGUUACUUAACCGUAAAAAAAGCGGUUAACUUUAUAAUGUAUGCUAACGUGAUUGAUAAAAUUAUUCAGUUAUUAUAGUUAUAUUAGUCAUAAAAUUAUUCAGUUCAAACCAACGCGACUCGGCGUAGAGUACUAUUUUUGUAUACCUUAUUCGCACUCCGCGUCCGUUAUCGGCCGAAUGUUAGUCUUAUUUUCGUGCUAGUCAAUACGUUAGGUCUAAAUCGACAACAGCUUUAUCUGAACUUUAAAUGUUGACAGAGCAAAUAUAUAUUUUUACAAAAGCAUAAUCGUUCGGGUAAUUUUAUCAAUCAAAACCAAAAACUUGUCUAGAGACGUGUUCUUUUAUAAAUUUAUGUGAUAUGUUGUACAAAACAAAUGAGAUGUCAUUUUGUCUCUUAUAUUAUUGACGUUUUAGUCCGUCAGUUGUUCGUGUCGUCCCUAUAUUGCCUAUGGAUAAAUGUUGCCAGAGACAAAUUUUAAUAUUAUUUUUGUUGUACUAUUAAUAGGGGGAUUGGGAGGUGGAACGGAGAAUUGCGUCUAUAGUAAUGUUAAUAUAUUUUCUGGUUAUGUAAUCGAGCUUAGUUAAAUAUUGGGGGCUACGUCGUUUGAUGAUUCUGUUACACUAUACAACAUUUAUUGACUAACGGGAUGGCAGUUGCGAGCUGUGAUGUUGCACACAUCUGCAGCGUUCUAAAAAAUUCAGCUCAUUUAAAGUUGGACAAACUAUUUAACGUUUGAUAAUUUCCGUUGUGAGAAAUCCGUGUCCCACAAAAUUGCAUAAUAAAUAACGAAUGUCGGUCAAAAAUGCUUUCGUAAAAAGCUGACAGCAUAACUAUUGACGGAGCAUCGGCCUGACGAUUGUUUUUUUUUGGUUACUAUUUUUUUUUUGUUUUAUUAUUAUUAUUAUUUAAAACCAAAACGAUCUGGUUAGUGUUAGCUUAUUGUUAUAAGUAUUUUAAUUUCGAUGUCGCUAUACAAAAUUGAACGUAAACUUAUUUUAGGAAAGUGUUUUUUAAUGUAAUUGAUAUCCAGUCAGUUGAAUGUUUAUAGUUAAGUUGUUUAUUUUUUUUUAACUCGUUCAUGUUAAAGCUUUAAUUAUUCUGGUUGUAUUUUUUUAAUGCCUUUUAACGAGCUUCCCUCUGCUUCCAAUUACAAACAUGUGUUUGAAAGUAUUGUUUUCCACAUGAGUGUAUUACAGAUAGGAUGUUACUGACCUUGUUUGAUCUCUUUUGAGUCUUAUUAGAGAGUGAAUAGAUCUUAUAAUAGUCUGUGCUCUGAAUAAUCUGUAAAUGAGUUUGCGUUUCCAAUGGUAUAAUAACAUUUAAUAAAAUCACGGAACGCACAUGUUUUAUUGUAAGCGUUCGUUUGAGAUUGUAUCUACUCUAGUCCUAAGGUCGGUUCACACGCGAUGGUUUUUGCACUGUGUGCAGACCUUUAUUUAAGUUUUUUUUUAUUAUUUUUUUUUAACAUCCAAAUGCAUACUGCCCUUUGAGUCUACUCCGUUUUCUUAUUGUGAAACAAAUACUUGCGGACUUGAUUGUACUUAAUAGUUUAAAAUUACUGUGUCAUUAACUGACAGUUGGAUGUAGCCGUCGGUGUACGAAAUAUUUUUUCAUGAACAAAUUCCCCACUUUAGCAGGAUUUGUACAAGAGGAACUGAGUUUUCAUUAGUGAAACGUAAGUGAUCAUGAUUGUUUGUAAUAAAACAGAUGCUGUCGCAGCAAUAAAAGAAUCGGACACUUA